CUAGGCCGGAUCGAUUCCCCAGCCCCUCCCCAGAUUUUAGGUGAAGUCUUGAGAAAUAAAGUCUUGAGGCCGCAGAGGGAAGUAAGGAGAAUCAGAUCUCGGAUCUUUGGAGAAAAGAAGCAACCCCCUGCAACUAUAGCCAAGCAGAUGGAAAGAGCAGGUUGACAAGAGUCCUCAUAAGAUAACAGCUGAGAACAGGCAGGUAUUCCCUCAGCUACCCUGGGGAUGUGGUUGUGAGGCAGAACCCACAGCUCUUACAGGAAGAGGACCCUCGAGGCCAUGGCCCAAGUCAGCAUCAACAAUGACUACAGUGAGUGGGGUUCCAGCACUGAUGCUGGAGAGCGGGCCCGCCUGCUGCAGAGUCCCUGUGUGGACACAGCCCCCAAGAGUGAGGGCGAGGCCUCUCUCGGGGUUCCUGACAGAGGCACCACUUCCACGCUUGGAGCCAUCUUCAUCGUCGUCAAUGCAUGCCUGGGUGCAGGGCUGCUCAACUUCCCAGCAGCCUUCAGCACUGCCGGAGGUGUGGCAGCUGGCAUCACGCUGCAGAUGGGCAUGCUGGUUUUCAUCAUCAGCGGUCUUGUCAUCCUGGCCUACUGCUCCCAGGCCAGCAACGAGAGGACCUACCAGGAGGUGGUGUGGGCUGUGUGCGGCAAGCUGACAGGCGUGCUGUGCGAGGUGGCCAUUGCCAUCUAUACCUUCGGCACCUGCAUCGCCUUCCUCAUCAUCAUUGGAGACCAGCAGGACAAGAUUAUAGCUGUGAUGGCAAAGGAGCCUGAGGGAACCAAUGGUGGCCCCUGGUACACAGACCGCAAGUUCACCAUCAGCCUCACUGCCUUCCUCUUCAUCCUGCCCCUCUCCAUCCCCAGGGAGAUUGGCUUCCAGAAAUAUGCCAGCUUCCUGAGCGUCGUGGGCACCUGGUAUGUCACUGCCAUCAUUAUUAUCAAAUACAUCUGGCCAGAUAAAGAAAUGACCUCAGGGGACAUCUUGACCAGGCCAGCUUCCUGGGUUGCUGUGUUCAAUGCCAUGCCUACCAUCUGCUUUGGAUUUCAGUGCCAUGUGAGCAGUGUGCCCGUCUUCAACAGCAUGCGGCAGCCUGAGGUGAAGACCUGGGGCGGGGUAGUGACAGCUGCCAUGGUCAUAGCCCUGGCUGUCUACAUGGGCACAGGCAUCUGUGGCUUCCUGACCUUUGGAGCUGCUGUGGACCCAGAUGUACUCCUGUCCUACCCCUCAGAGGACAUGGCGGUAGCUGUUGCCCGAGCCUUCAUCAUCCUGAGCGUGCUUACCUCCUACCCCAUCCUGCACUUCUGUGGGCGGGCGGUGGUCGAAGGCCUGUGGCUGCGCUACCAGGGGACGCCGGUGGAGGAGGACGUUGGGCGGGAGCGGCGUCGGCGUGUGCUGCAGACACUGACAUGGUUCCUGCUCACCCUGCUGCUGGCGCUCUUCAUCCCUGACAUUGGCAAGGUCAUCUCUGUCAUCGGAGGCCUGGCUGCCUGCUUCAUCUUCGUCUUUCCAGGGUUGUGCCUCAUUCAAGCCAAACUAUCAGAAAUGGAGGAGGUCAAGCCAGCCAGCUGGUGGGCAUUGGUCAGUUACGGAGUCCUCUUGGUCACCCUGGGAGCCUUCAUCUUCGGCCAGACCACAGCCAACGCCAUUUUUGUGGAUCUCUUGGCAUAACCACUGCCUCCCAGGAAACACACAACCUUGGCCCUUGGACCCAGAAGCCUAUCUCUCAGAGCUGUGGGGCCACCCCAAGUACAUCAUUCCAGCUGGUGGAAUGGCAACUGGACAUCCUUUUCCAGAGACAGUUCUGGGGCGGAAUCCACCCAUAUUUGUGGACAGUUCAAUCCCAGCGUCGUUCCUCCUCUUCAGCCCCAGCAGUGCAUGGAUGGUGGCAAGAGUCUCAUGUCACAGAGAGUUUCUCCCCUCACACCUCUCAACUUCUCCAUGCCUGAUUCCAUGGAUGGAGAGGGUCAAUGGGUCUUGGAAGGACCCCAUUCUUACUUUCCUCUGGAGAAAGACUGGGCAAAAGGCCGGCAUCCUCCCCAGAGCAGCCUGCCUUUGUAAGGACUGUGCUCAGUACCCCAGGACUCAGCACCUGCUCCUGUCCAUCAGCAGCUAUGGCCAGUGAUGGCCUCUCCUGCAAUCUGUCAACUUCCAAAGGUGUCACUCAAGUUAUACAAAUGCACAGAGACAGGUAGAUGCAGACCCUGUCCACUCCCCACUGGGCCCCCAGCAAGCCUGAUAGCUUUUCUCCCAUGGCUAAUUGACAUUGCCCAAGUCUUUAAGGGCCUCAUCCUGACUCUUUCGCCAAACCUGAUGGUCCAGGUGGGCAUCCCUCCUCCAUACCCCCAGACAUCACAAAGUCUAAUGUUUACAAAUGGUGCCACCCUGGCUCAGAAACCAGGGGCUGCCUGUGCCACGGUGCUGUGUACUCCUCUGUUUGCUUUCCCCAAGGCUGAGGGAUCUGUUUUUUCUCUCAGAUUCCAGAUGGACUUCUCUGUUCAGAGGCUCAUAGUGGGUGAUGAAGGAUGCUGGGAACCUUUUAGAUCCUCCAUGUGGGCUGGGCUGGCUAGAAUCCAGGUGAAGCUCUGACACCAUCUUUCUCAGUGAUUGUUUCACUUCUCCCUGACCCUCCUCUUCCCUCUCCCCAGUCAACAUAGCCUGAGUACCCAGAGAGGAAAAAGGACAGCUGGGACCUGGAAGUUUCUCCUAUCUGGAUCUUGCUCCCUCCUCCCCCCCCUUACCUCAUCUCUGUGUAGCACAAUCUCUCCCAUUCAUCCAUGUUUU